UUGAUUUCAAUUCGCCUCCCGCGCCGUAAAAGCUAGUAGGUGCUGCCGCCAGUGUCGGCUGUCAUACGCUAUCAUAUGACAAGUGUUUAUUUGGAUAAGUCGUGAGGUUACGAAUGAUUGUUACGCGGUUGCAACUGCUUCUCAAAUGAACUCUCAACCUGCUCUCAAGUUUUCUGACAUGGACGAAUUUUUACGUGACAUCGGUGUCGGCCAACGAUCACCCCAUGAUCCUUUCUUUGAUGAGGCUCUCAAGACUUGUAAAAUUUUUACGCGUAAGGGAGUAACAAUUGUCGAUGACGAAGAAUUGUGCCACGAAGCAAUCAAGGAAUUCUCAUGCAAUGUACCUGGAUGCACUGCAACUUUCCAGACCCUUAUAGAUUUUGAGACACAUUACAAUGGAUCCCACAGAUACAUUUGUUUGGAAUGCAAAAAAUGUAGACCAAGUGCCAGGCUCUUAGACAUCCAUGUACAAGAAACCCAUGAUAGCUUCUUUAAAGUUCUUGCAGAGCGACAGCCCAUGUAUCAAUGUUAUGUUUCUGAAUGCGAUGUGAAAUUGAAAACUUUGGCUGAAAGAAAAGAGCACUGUAUUACAGUGCAUCAAUACCCUAAGAAUUUUCGGUUUGACCAAACAAGUCGGCGCAAGGAUAAAGGAGACUCAGGAAAUCAGAUGGAAGUUGAUGGAGGUACACAGUUACCCAAACAAAAAAAAUCAGUUACUCGUUUGAACAAAAAUCAGAAGUCUAGGACAUUUUAUUCCGAGAAGAUGGCCUACCCCCACACCAAAAAUGUUCCUACCGAACCAACUUCAAGCAACGUCGAAACCCCUCCGCCUCCAACACUCAGGUCAGCUCUUUGUUUUGUUCCUAGACAAGUGAAGUCCUACUCAAAGUUACUUACAAAAACCGAUGGCAUUGAGAAAGAUGUUUUGAAUAAUGGUUGCAUGAUGGACUUAGCUGAAGCAUUGCCUGAUUGAUUUAGAUGUAAGCUCUUGUUUCCUUGUCCAAAUCAAUCAUGGAAGAUAUCGCGUUCAUGCGAAUUGUAAAUAAUAAUUAUUUUUUUUUUUUUUCAAAUCGAAUUAAUACUUCGGAUUGAAAAUGAAUAAUUCGUUUCAACACUGCACAAAUCUUGGUAUUUGAUUGACCAUUUUACGAACUGGUUGAGCAAUGUUUCAAGGAAAAUGCAACUGAAUAAAUUAAAUGCUGUUUUCAUUAAAAGUUGGUAUCUUUAUUAUAAAUAUAUCUUAAAUAUUGCAA